AAUUGAGUUUGAAAAUUUGAAUUUAAUUUCUGUUCAAUUGCUAAUCAAAAUACAACACAAAAAGUAAAGAAAGAUGAUAAUAAAAGUCCAAAUUCCGGAGCAACAAGAUCUCGAUAUUCUCUGUCGUGGAUCUGAUCAAAUUAUUGAAAUUAAACAAAAGAUCUUUGAAUCACGUGGUUUCGCCAUCGGUUUCUAUAGAUUGUAUUACAAUGGCCAAGAACUUUUUGAUGUGCAUCGCAUUAUGGAUUAUGGAAUCACAGACGGAAGUACCAUAGAAUUGACUCAUUGGAACGCAAUUGAAGCUCCUCCUGUUCAAUCAUUCCUUACAGACUUAAUAAGUGACAAAUGAAUUGUUUUACAAAAUUAACCACAAUCAGCUGAAUAAAUUAUUAUUGUUCUGAAAACCAA